UUUCUGUUUGUUUAAGUUUUUUCACAGAUCAAUACCGAUCCUAACUUUGAAAAGAUCGAUAUGUGAUCGAUAGUGGUUAUCGAUUGGACUUCGUGGUUUCCAGAGACUCUGCGGGACCGGAGCGGGACUCCCGCUGCUCUCCGCGGGAGGGGGGCCACCGGAUGUGGGACCCGCCACCGUCGGACGGGCUCGCGGAAAUGAGGGGCUUUAACCAGCAGGCGGUGGCGCUCGUCUGAAUCCGUCCGUCUCUCUCCAGGAACCGCCUGGAGUUCGGCUGCACUUCACGGCCCCGACGUCCCGGAACGGUACCGAGCGGAUCCAGGACCCGGACUGAGCCCCCCCCAGGUCGGUGAUAUUGGCUGACGGACCGUGUAAACGGGGCCUGUAAAGGAGUCCGCCGUGGUCGUGUAGAGAGGAGCCCUCCCGCCCUCCAGGCUCCUCAGCCAUGGCUCUGCUGGCCAGCCUGAAGAGCCUGUUCAUCCUGCAGCUGCUGAUGGGCUUCGUGUUCGUGGUGAGCGGCCUCAUCAUCAACUUCAUCCAGCUGUGCACCUGCGUCCUCUGGCCAAUCAACCGCCAGCUGUACCGCAGGAUCAACUGCCGCCUGUCCUACUCCCUCUGGAGCCAGCUGGUGAUGCUGCUGGAGUGGUGGUCGGGCACAGACUGCACCCUCUACACCGACCAGGCCACGGUGGACAUGUUCGGCAAGGAGCACGUCAUCAUCAUCCUCAACCACAACUUUGAAAUCGACUUCCUGUGCGGCUGGACCAUGUGCGAGCGAUACGGCGUGCUGGGAAGCUCCAAGGUGCUGGCCAAGCACGAGCUGCUGAAGGUGCCGCUGAUCGGCUGGACCUGGUACUUCCUGGAAAUCGUCUUCUGCAAGAGGAGGUGGGAGGAGGACCGAGACACCGUCUUCAGUGGGCUGGGCCGACUGCGGGACUAUCCCGAGUUUAUGUGGUUCCUGCUGUACUGUGAAGGCACCCGCUUCACCGAGAAGAAGCAUCAGAUCAGCAUGCAGGUUGCAGAGAGCAAAGGCCUCCCCAAACUCAAAUACCACCUGCUGCCCCGGACCAAAGGCUUCACCACCACGCUGCGCUGCCUCAAAGGCACAGUGAAGGCCGUUUAUGACGUGACUCUGAACUUCAAGGACAAACAGACGCCCACCCUGCUGGGCAUCGUCAACGGCAAGAAGUACAAAGCUGACUUGAGUGUGAGGCGGUUCACCGUGGAGGAGAUACCAGAAGAUGAGGAGGAGUGUGCCAACUGGCUGCACAAGCUCUACCAGGAGAAGGACGCCUUACAGGAAAUCUACAACAAGGAAGGCAAGUUCCCCGGACCCACGGUGAUCCCGCCCCGCCGCCCGUGGACGCUCCUCAACUUCCUGUUCUGGGCCACGCUUCUGCUUUCGCCGCUCAUAAACUUUGCUUGUGGAGUGGUGGUCAGCGGCUCCCCGCUCCUCAUCAUCGGCUUCACCAUCUUCCUCAUCAUAGCCUCCGUCGCCAUCCGCCGUCUCAUCGGGGUCACCGAGGUGAAGAAGACCGGCUCCAGCUACGGCGACCAGCAGGCCAAGAAACAAAACUAAACUGUGUGACCCCCCCGCCCCUCCCCUCUGCUAAUGUAUGGCUGUGUCAGUACAGCUGGCCUUGGCUCUCCAGAAUCAGGUCACUUCACCCCAAAUCUCGCCGUCUCCACCUCCUGAGUUCACCGUCAGACGCGUUCUGCUCUGGUCUUUUUAGAAACACAGGAGCUCCUCGCCAUCAGAACUCCUCUGAGGGGGUGCCGGAACGAACGCAUGGCAGCAUCUUCAUUCCCUCAGAUCCUCUUUUCUGUUUCUCUCAUUUCCCGGAUGUUUCCUCAAACGUCGGUCGGUCGGUCGGGCAGGAAGCCCCGCCCCCUCGGGGAGCAGGUUGGAGUUGGGUUGCAGGGAAAGGUCGUCCACUUUCUUUAUGUAGCCUCUCAGCUGUCGGCUUAGACUGUAGUGAAGAUAUUUGUACCUUUGCCUUAAAUCGAGCUUGCUUAGACGAGGGAUCGCUUCGUUCUCCGCCUCCCCUUUAAGAUCCGCCCCCUGUCCUGCUGCGGCGGUGGACGGCGAGUAGCAUGCAUCUGCUCUGACGACCACAAUGACUGAAUCAUUCACUUUUUUUGGUGGUUUCUGGGAAGAUGAGGGUUCAUCCGAUUGGUCCCUGUCACUCAGAAACCUCCUGAGGCUUUUUAAGGUGAUUUAACCCCGCCCCCUUCCCUGUAGCGGUCUCAGAUUUCAUGCAAGCCUUAACUAAAAGCGUCUUUUUUUUGCAAAAGCGUAGAUGCAAAGCCAUGAGUGUGAUGGGUUAGUGGCUGACGCGCUCGUCUGUUCAGAACCUGCUAGAAGAAAGUUGAGGAAUUCUCCGGAACGUGUCCGUUUGGUUUCAGCAGAACCGCCCAGAUCCGCCUCGUUCUGGGAAUGUCACCUUUUUUUUUUUUUUUUGAUUGAUCGGCAUCACUUCAGACACCCAAACUCCUCAACCAUCCGUCGUCUGCAUCCGCUUUUCUUUUCUACAGCUAUUUUUAUGUUCAACUUAAAACACUUGAUUAUAUUAAAGGAUUUGAUCACAAAGC